AUGCGCGGCGCCGCGAAGCCGCUGUCGAAGAUCAAGAGCCCGGGCGCGAGCGGCGGCGGCGGCGGCGGAGGCGGCGGCGGCUCGGACGUCUCCGAGUCCGACGACGACGAAUCGCGAUCCGACGCCGACGCCGACGCCGACGCCGACGACGCCGCGGCGGUGCCGGACUACUUCGCCGACGCGCUCAAAACGCUCGGACACAACCGAGGCACGACGCCGAUCCAGCGCGAGUGCUGGCCGCCGUGCUGCGAGGGGAGAGACGUCCUUGGGAUCGCGCCGCCGGGCUCGGGAAAGACGCUGGCGUACUUACUCCCCGCCGUCGAGUUCGCGUUGCGCGACGCGCGCGAUUUCCCCCGCGCGAAGAGAGACCCGCGCGGGCGACCGUCCGCGCUCGUGAUCACGCCGACGCGCGAGCUCGCGAUGCAAGUCGCGACGGUGUGUCGGAAACUGAAACGCGCGGCGCCGGUGCGUUGCGUCGCCGUCUACGGCGGCGCGAGCCAGGCGGAGCAAGAGGAGGAGCUCGCGCAGCCGUCGUCGUUGGCGUUGCUCGUCGUGGGGACCCCGGGGAGGUUGCUCGCGACGACGGAGAGCGGCGCGCUGGGGUUGGAGCGCGCGCGUUUGCUCGUGCUGGACGAGGCGGACCGCAUGCUCGCGCUGGGGUUCGCGGAGCAGCUCGAGAAGCUCCGCGGAGCCGCCGCCGGGCUCGGGUCGAGGCCGGGACGGCAGACGCUGCUGUUCAGCGCGACGUUCCCGAAGACCGUGCGCGCGCGAUCGAACGAGGCGACCGUCGCGGUCGCCGCGGGGGGCAAAGCCGGCGACGGCGACGGCGGCGCGCGCGGUGUCUCCAACGUGGACCAGACCGUGCACGUGUGCGCGGAGCACAAGAAGGGCAGGAAGCUCCUGAAGCACAUCACGGAGCUGCGGAAGAACGACGGGCGGAGCCGGUCGCGCGUCUUGGUGUUCGCGAACCGAAUCAAGACGGUGAACUUCGUCGGGGACAUGCUCAGACGCCACGGCGAGAAAACCGGCACGCUCCACGGGGAGAUGAAGCAAGAGAAGCGCGAGCUCGCGCUCGGGGACUUCAAGAGCGGGAAGUGCCCCGUGCUCGUCGCGACGGACGUCGCCGGGCGAGGCCUGGACAUCACCGGUCUGGAACACGUCGUGAACUGGGACAUGCCCGGCAGCGUGGAGCAGUACGCGCACAGAGUCGGCAGGGCGGGGCGGGCGGGGCGUCGCGGCGCGGCGUUGACUUUCUUCACGCGGAACAUGGCGCCGACGGCGCCGGACCUCGUGAAGUUGCUGAGGAAAGGGGGGCACUUCGUGGAUCCAAACUUGGAGGCGCUGGCGAAGGCGGGGAAAGGCGGGAAAGGCGGGAAAGGCGGCGGGAGGGGCGGCGGGAGGGGCGGCGGACGCGGGCGCGGAGGACGAGGGAAACGUUGGUGA